GCAGUACUCCGUAAUUAGUAGUAGUGACUUUAGCGGCGGGAAGCUCUCUCGCUCUCUGGCCGUCACCGCGUCAGUUGCUCUCUGCCUGUCCGACCUCCUCUCCACUAUCACUCACUGCUCGGCCAUUACUCUAUUUAUCUCUCUGAUCCUUCGCUCUUCCGGUUUUCUUUCUCAGCAACUUUUUUUCUCUUGCCUUGAUUGGACUCAAAUCCACUUUCUCUAAUUCUCAUCUGGACCUUCUUCCACCCCCAGCUCCCGCCAUGUUCAGAAACAACUACGACAACGAUGCCGUCACCUUCUCCCCGCAAGGCCGGAUAUUCCAAGUUGAAUACGCACAGGAAGCCGUGAAGCAAGGAUCCGUCGUAGUGGGACUGGUCAACAAGACACAUGCCGUGCUCGUCGGCUUGAAGCGUAAUGCCGAAGAACUCUCAUCAUACCAGAAGAAGAUCAUCGAAAUCGACUCCCACAUGGGAAUUGCCAUCGCCGGUCUCGCCUCGGACGCCCGGGUGCUAUCCAACUUCAUGAAACAGCAGUCGCUGGGCUCCCGGAUGACCUACGGCCGCCCCCUGCCCGUCGACCGUAUCGUCAGUCAGAUCGGUGACCGCGCUCAAACGAACACCCAACAUUACGGCAAGCGGCCGUACGGUGUCGGCCUGCUGGUGGCUGGCGUCGACGACGCCGGUCCCCACCUGUUCGAGUUCCAGCCCUCCGGCAUGACCCAGGAAAUGGUGGCGUGUGCCAUCGGCGCCCGCUCCCAGAUGGCCCGCACCUACCUCGAGCGGAACCUGGAGAAGAUCGCCGGGUCCACGCGCGACGAGCUCAUCACCCACGGUCUGCAGGCCCUCAAGGAGACCCUGUCUCAGGAUAAGGAGCUGACGGUCGAUAACACCUCCGUCGGUGUGGUGGGUCUGGCCGCGGAGGGCGCCAGCGGCAAGAUCGAGAGCUUCAAGCUGUACGAGGGUCAGCUGCUCGUACCGCUGCUGGACGCUCUGGAGCGGUCGGAAGCAGGCGAGGAGACGAAAGAGGCUGAGACGAUGGAAGUGGACUCAUAGAGCGGUGUAGGCUCCGGGCUGCGCCGCAUCUGGCUCUGAAUCCUCUAGAUGAAUUUACCUUCUGAUAGUUAUAGUCACGAAACGGGAUAAUGUUAUGUUACCCUACGUUGCACCGGGCCCUGUUUGUGUGAUAAGAAGGAAGAAGCUGUAAGCUUGCCUCUUUGGAGAGCAAGAGCUCCUCGGAGCUGCGUUCUAGCGG